GGGCAGCUGUUGCUUCAAAUAAUCACGAGGUUCAACACGGCCUACUGCAAUACUAUCGACGGUGUCUCGAAAGACAUCGAGACCUCCGAGUUAUGUGGCGGCGCACGCAUCUGUUAUAUUUUUCACGAAAUCUUCUACAGCACUUUGGGUCGCAUCGACCCCCUUGGCGGUCUUAAUACUCUGGACAUUCUUACGGCCAUUCGAAAUUCCACAGGUCCCAGGCCAGCACUCUUUGUACCCGAGGUCGCAUUCGAAUUAUUGGUGAAAAGACAAAUCCGCCGAUUAGAAGAGCCUAGUCUUCGAUGUGUGGAACUUGUUCACGAAGAGAUGCAACGAAUUAUCCAACACUGCGGAACCCAGCAAGAAAUGUACCGGUUUCCAAACCUACAUGAGCGGAUAGUGGAUGUUGUCACGUCGUUGCUGAGACGUCGACUUCAGCCAACGAAUGAGAUGGUCACAAAUCUUGUUGCCAUCGAGUUGGCCUACAUCAACACUCGUCAUCCCGAUUUCACGGAAGAGCUCAUGCUUCAUCGACAGCAGGCACCGCCGGGACUCAAUAAUCUGACCCUGAACGAGGCAUCGUCCCAAGUGCAGGCCGGCAAACGAACAAAACAGCUGGCGACAGAGCGACGUUCGAGCGCUGCGCCUGUGCAGCGAUCUAGUGACGCGCUCCAGGAGGCCGACUCAUCGGACAGUGCCAACCCCUCAGGCUUCCACGCGACCCCUGACAUUGUAUGUCUCUUUAAGCUCUCAAACCAACAUAGGUAUUUGGUGUGA